AUGUCCAACAGAAGUUCCAUCAAUGAGUUCCUCCUCUGGGGGUUCGCGGACACACGGGAGCUGCAGCUCUUGCACUUCUCGCUCUUCCUGGGCAUCUACCUGGCUGCCCUCCUGGGAAAUGGCCUCAUCAUCACAGCCGUAGCCUGCGACCACCGCCUCCACACCCCCAUGUACUUCUUCCUCCUCAACCUCUCCAUCCUCGACCUUGGCUGCAUCUCCACCACUGUUCCCAAAUCCAUGGCCAAUUCCCUGCAGAACACCAGGGCCAUUUCCUACUUGGGAUGUGCUGCUCAAGUCUUCCUGUUUGUCUUCUUGUUAGCAGGAGAGUAUUCUCUUCUCACUGUCAUGGCCUAUGACCGCUACGUUGCUAUCUGCAAACCCUUGCACUACGGGACCAUCAUGGGCAGCAGAGCUUGUAUCAAAAUGGCAGCAGCUGCCUGGGCCAGUGGUCUUCUCUAUGCUGUGCUGCACACUGCUAAUACAUUUUCAAUACCACUCUGCCAAGGCAACACAGUGGACCAGUUCUUCUGUGAAGUUCCCCAGAUCCUCAAGCUCUCCUGCUCAGACUCCUACAUAAGGGAAGUUGGGGUAAUUGUGGUUAAUACCUGUUUAGGAUUUGGGUGUUUUGUUUUCAUUGUGCUGUCCUACGUGCAGAUCUUCACAGUCAUUCUGAGGAUCCCCUCUGAGCAGGGCCAGCACAAAGCCUUUUCCAUGUGCCUCCCUCACCUGUCCGUGGUCUCCCUGUUUAUCAGCACUAUCAUGUUUGCCUACCUGAAGCCCCCCUCCAUCUCCUCCCCAGCUCUGGAUCUGGUGGUGGCUGUUCUGUACGCGGUGGUGCCUCCAACAGUGAACCCCCUCCUCUACAGCAUGAGGAACAAGGAGCUCCAAGAUGCCCUGAGGAAAGUGCUUUCAUGGACAUUUUUCAGUAGUGGUAACAUUGCCAUUGGUCUCCACAAAUGA